GAAUGGCGUCAUGUCGACCAUACCGGACAGACCCGUGGAGUUGUCACACUUCACCAAACUGUGCGACCAGCGGCGCAAGUUCCCGGUGCUGUACAAGGUCGAGUUCCAGACCGCCUGCAAAGUGGAAACGCAUUCUUGCCGGCACGCCAUGAAACCCGCCAACAAGGAGAAGAAUCAGAACCAGAAGUGCAUUCCAUAUGACUACAACCGAGUGGUCCUAGAUCAACUGGAUGAUGUUCCAGAUUCGGAUUACAUAAAUGCCUCAUACAUAGAUAGCUUGCUCAAACCAAAUGCAUACAUAGUGUGUCAAGGUCCAACAGAGGUGACAGUGACUGACUUCUGGCGGAUGGUGUGGCAGGAAAAUGCCUGCUGCAUAGUUAUGCUCACAAAAACAUUUGACUUCAUUCGAGUAAUGUGCAUGCAGUACUGGCCUGCUGCAAAGGAUAAACCAGAAGUGUAUGGACAAAUAUCCGUGUCUGUAGUGAAGGAAGAGGAGUUGGCCAAUUUCCACAUCAGGACUUUCAAGCUUGUCAGAAAAGCUGAAGGAAUGGAAGAUGAGGAACGGCAGCUUCUCCAGUUUCAUUACACGGAAUGGCACAGUCAUACUUGUCCCUUUUCCAAUGCCAUCCUGGAAUUCCGACGGAGAGUUCGUGCUGUAGUAGGACCACAUCAACAGAUGAAGAAUGGUCCUAUUGUUGUACAUUGCAAUGAUGGAGGAGGACGGUCUGGUGUUUAUCUGGCAGUAGAUUCAAACAUGGAACUUGCUGAAGAAGAAGACUGUUUUGAUGUGUUUGGCUACUUUAAGAAACUCAGGCAAUCCAGGAAAGGUCUCAUAGAAACUUUGGACCAGUAUAAAUUUGUUUAUGAUACGUUGGAAGAAUAUAUUGUUUGUGGAAAUUCGUGGUUUCCAGUAAAAGAACUAUCACAGCGGCUCAAACAAAAAUCAAUGAAAAAUCCUAUCACCAAAAUGAAUGAAUAUCAGAGAGAGUAUCAGUUGAUCUGCAAGCAGACACCCCGUUUCACAAUAGGUGAUUGUGCAGGUGGGCACAGAGGUGACAACAGAGAAAAAAAUCGGGAUGUUCUUAUUGUGCCACCUGAUAACUCAAGACCUUACCUGACAUCAUUUCAAGGAAACAACUUCACAGAUUACAUUAAUGCUGUGUUUGUUGAUGGCUACACAAAACCGAGAGAGUAUAUAGUGACAGAAUGGCCUCUGAAACAUACACUUGGAGAGUUCUGGUCACUGGUAUAUGAUUAUGAAUGUUCCGCAGUGGUUGUGCUGUGCGUUCCUCCCCAUAAUUCGCAAACAUUUCCAUCUUUUUGGCCAGAAGGGAGGCAUUCCAAAAAAUAUGGACCUGUUUUUACAAUUGAUCAUAUUUCACACAAUCACUACACGAACAUCAAGACAUGGGUAUUCCGCAUUAAUAAGAAGAUUGUUUCACUGACUGAGCUGAUGGCAGGUGUGAAGGCUCCUCCAAAGACAGUCCAGCUUUUUCAGCUGACCUGUUGGCCAAUGGGUCAUAAAGUUCCAACAUCAACGAACUCAUUAGUUGAACUCAUGAACAUGGUGGAGCGAUGGAGGCAGAGGACAGACUAUGGGCCUGUUGUUGUUGUUUCUCAGGAUGGACGAAGCAGAUGUGGUGUUUAUUGUGCAGCAAAUGCUUGUAUAGAACAGGUUAUACAGCAUGGAGAGGUAGACAUUUUCCAGGCUGUCAAGACUGUUCGUAGGCAUCGUCCUCAACUAGUAGAAAAUAUGACGGAGUACAAGUACUGUUAUGACCUGGUGCUACAUUAUGUUCUACACUAUCUAAACAAGGACAUGAAGGAGAAAAAGUGAGAAUGUGAGCAGGAGAAGCUCUGGUUCGUGGAAUUCGGGCGUGGCUCUGCACUG